CCCCCCCCAUAGGUCUAGCCCCAAUCCAUUUCACUUCACUAUUGCCGUUGAUUCGCUGGAAUUGGUGAUCGAUUCGGACGACCCCAACGUAGCCUACGUUUUAAGAGAGUUGAUUCGUACGACAGCUUGGAAACGCCAAGGAUUGCCUGUUCAAAUCAGUCUAACUUGUACCAGUCAAGAGCUGGCAUUGUUUGAUUGCUACCAUUUACGUCGCACAAUUCGUGAAAAAUAAGGUUCUCCAAUUGCGACUCAUUAGUGAACCAAUCCGGAAAAUGUUCAUUAGACGCUCAACUUUUCUUUCGUUCUUGAUUGUGUUUUGCAGUGCCAUUCGGUAUAGCACAGGAAUAUCGCGUCCAGUGAGUGUCAUAGCUCACAUGGUGAACACUCCCAAUUCUAUCCGAUGGGCUUUAGCACAAGGCGCUAAUGGCAUUGAAAUCGAUCUUAAAUUCGACGAUAGUCAUCCUGUUAAAUUUCAUCAUGGCUUCCCUUGCGAUUGCACCUGCUUUCUGAGUCAUGCAACAUUUCACGACAGCGGAUGUAUGGUUCUCGGUGAAGGUUGUUCCGCUUCGACCAGUGUCACGGAAAUGAUAGACUUCUUGGGUAGCUCUGAGAUUGUCUCUUCUCCAUUAGCAAUUAUCUACAUCGACGCUAAACUGGACAAAUCGGUGCUGAAUUAUGCCGAGGCCGGAGCCAAUGUUGUGCGAUUGUUUAACGAGAAAGUCUUUGGACGGGGAUAUCGCGGCGAAAUUAUUCUUGGUUCUUCAACUAUUUCACGCUCAAAUUUUCUACGUGGUGCUCUACGUGAAGCCGCCAAUUCCAACUAUGCCGGACGAUAUUUCUUUACCAUUGGCCAAGAAGGGAAAAAAGCGGAUAAGGUCUUGAAGAGCUCGCUUCAAUUGGACACGAGAAAUAUUGUUUACAACACCGGAGCAAGUGCAUGUUUUCCUUACAAGACGUUCUACAAUGCAAUUCGGUAUAGCCUUCAGUCAAAGGCAUAUGCUGCCGUUGGCAUUUGGACUGUAGAUCAAGAGGCUUCCAUCAAAAACUACCUCGAUGCUGGCGUCGAUUUCAUCGUAACCAACAGACCUAAAACGGCAGCUGACAUUAUAGGCCGCGAGAAUGUUCCUUACCUGAAACAGUUGUGAUACCUGUGUUAACAAUUUGCAGCCGUUUCGCCUCCGCUCAAUUAGAUAUUUAAAAUGAUUAUUUUAGCUUUAUUUUCCUCUUUUAAUAUUCGUAUUUAAUUAAUUGGUCUCACAAAUAAAAUCUCUGAUUUAU